AUGUUUUGUCAGGUUAUGUCAUUGGGUGGUUUUUCCCUUAGGAAGUGGUCUUCGAAUGAUCCAGGUGUUUUGGUUGGUUUGCCCAGUACACUUUUAAGAUCUUCGCCCAUUAUUCCAUUGAAUGAAGGUGAUUCCUCGGUAGAAGUGCUCGGCAUCGUCUGGUAUCCUAAAGAAGAUGUUUCUAGUUUUCAAAGAACUUAUUGUCNAAGAGCUGUACUCUCCCAUAUAGCUAGAUUAUACGACCCACUUGGUUGGUUAGGACCUGUCGUUAUUUUUGCUAAAAUUUUCAUGCAAUCUCUGUGGCUUCUUAAAUUAGAAUGGGAUUCGUUGAUACCAGAGAACUUAUUGUCAGAUUGGCUUCGUUGGUUUCAAGAAAUCCAAUUAUUGAAUCAAAUUAGAAUUCCUCGCUGGGCUCAAUUUUCACCAGUUGUUCAAUCUAUAGAGCUGCAUGGUUACGCUGAUGCUUCUAAACUAGCCUAUGCAGCUGUUUUAUAUCUGCGUGUUGUUGUUAAUCAAGAAGUUUAUGUUUCACUUUUAUCGGCUCAAACGAAAGUAGCCCCUCUUACAACAUUUCUUGUUCCGAAGCUCGAACUUUGUGCUGCCCAAUUGUUAUCAAAGUUAGUACACCAUUACAGUCAAAGUCAGGAUCACAGAGUAGAUGCAGUUCAUCUGUGGUCUGAUUUAAAGGACGUGUUGUAUUGGUUAAGUUCUCAGCCGUCUCGUUGGCCUACUUUCGUAGCUAAUCGUUGUAGUCAUAUCAUGCAGUUAGUUCCUACAGCUACGUGGCACCAUGUUUUAGGUAAGAGCGAUCGUGCUGACAUAGCCUCUAGAGGUGUUUGUCCCGCUCAGUUACUGGAGCAUUCGUUGUGGUUCCAAGGACCUCUUGAGAUUCAUCAGCUAUCCACAGAGUAUCCUGUUUUUACUUCAAAUAAAAAUUAUGAAGUUCCUAGCGAAGCUUUUGAUGCUGUCUCUCAUUAUCAAAGUGCUAAACCUGAAACUUGGGAUCUUUAUCAUCGAUAUUCAACUCUAGAAAAGCUUUUAAUAAUUACUGCUUAUUGCCUUAGAUUUAUUUAUAAGCUAUAUGUUCGCAUCUUCAAUAAGUCUCAAUUAGAUUUUUUAAAUUUAACCGUCAUAUUAAAUAGUUUUAGUGCGUGCCCUACUGUUUCUGAACUUUAUAAUGCUAAACUCCUGAUGGUUCAUUUGCAUCAAUUGAUUCAUUUUACAGCUGAAUUUCAUUUGCUCAAUUCAGUCAUUCAUUCUGUUGAUAAAGUUAAGUUCAAACUUCCGUCAAAUAGUUCGAUGAUCCCGUUAAAACCGUUAGUCAAGAAUCAACUUAUUAGAGUGGGGGGUCGUUUGAGUAAUUCGUUGCUGCCAUUUGAAACUAAGCGUCCUUUAGUGUUGGUGGCUCGCGAUCACUUUACUGAAUUGGUCAUAAACUAUGCUCAUAAGAUCACCUUGCAUGGCGGUCCUCAACUUACUUUGAGUACUAUUCGUCGGGAGUUUUGGAUUAUCAGGGGACGACAGAGGAUUCGUUCAGCUCUUACUGGAGUGGAUUAUGCCAGUCCAUUUUUAGUUAAGUUAUCUAGGUCUAGAGGUAGAGGUACUACCAAAGGUUACGUAGCCGUUUUCACUUGUAUGUGUACCAGGGCUGUUCAUUUAGAAAUAGUAGAAGAUUAUAGUUCUGACGCCUUUAUUGCUGCCUUCCAGCGUUUCAUUUCUCGUCGAGGCCAUUGCUCUGAUCUGUAUAGUGAUCGUGGUACUAAUUUUGUGGGUGCUGAUAUUGAAUUGCGUAGAAGGUGGUACGAAUUUAAGGAGUCUAAAUCUUUUCAGUAUCAAAUGAGUUCCUUGAAAACUCAAUGGCAUUUAAACCCUCCCGCUGCUCCGAAAUUUGAUGGAGUCUGGGAAUCAGUUGUAAAGUUGAUGAAGCAUCAUCUCCGGCGAGUAGUUGGUAAUCAGAUUUUAACGUUUGUCGAAUACUCCACAUUGCUUUGUAAAGUCGAAGUUUGUAUGAAUUCGCGACCUCUAUCUCCUUUAAGAGAUGAUCCUAGUGAUUUAGACGUUUUUACUCCUGCCCAUCUGCUUAAUCUCAAGCCAGUGACGCUGCUACCGGUGCUAGAUUAUACUGAUGUUAAAAUUUCAUGUUUGCAACGUUGGAAGUUAAUAACUCGACUUUCUCAGCAUUUUUGGCGUCGUUGGCAUCAGGAGUACCUUACGAAUUUGCAAAGUAGAUCUAAAUGGUAUCAUCCACAGAGAUCAUUAGAGAUCUCUAUGCCUUCUUUCCAGUACCAACGCCACUGUUUGAACGAGGGUCGGCUGGUAACGUGGUAUUUUUAUCCAGGAGGUGUUCCAGGAUCCCACGAGGGCUUUCCAGCUGUCCUUCGACGACCAAGUCCUGAGGAAACACUGCCACACGCUGGGUGGGGUUGA